AUGCCUUCCCCUUUGCCUCCACCAAGACUCCCCACGGAGAUCCUUCUCCUGAUCAUCAAACACGCCGUCGAAAUUUGGCCAAUACCAGAAAUCUUCAGAGCACGCCUUGUCAACAAGGAGGAGCAUUACAUCGAAAGAAGCCGCUUCAGCUAUCACUCAUGGGAUUGUUGGUCUUGGGGCUACUUGCCUCAGCCUCUAAAGCGCCAAUAUUUUCGCAAGAAGAUCAACCGCCACGAUGAGCGACCCUGUGGUCUCUCGCAAGCUGUGCACAAUAUUCUGGAUGAUACUGAGGCAAGUCUGAGGCGAGUAACAUCAGAUAGAGACGUGCAGAUUCAACUCAUAAUCGACGCGAUGGUUCCAGCGUAUUCUCCUCACUUAGCAUCAUAUCUGGACUCGGAUUUACACAAGCGUCGCAAGGAAACGUGGGAUUCUUACAGAAAAGUCUGCGAUUAUCAAAGUGCCCAAGUGAAGAUCAUGCUCAUGCUCGAUGCAAUCUGGCGCAAUGAUGCAGUAUACCUGCAGAUGCUGCUCGAUGAGAAAAGUGCCAGAUUACAUGUGACCUGGAGCGACCUCGGGGCAUACUAUCCAUUGUUCUUGGCGGCGCGAGAGGGGACUGGCGCUAUCAUGGAAACACUUCUGUUGUAUGGGAACUGGACAUCAGCAUGGAUACCCAAUUUCAAGAGGAUCUUUGCAGCGGCGGACGCAAAGGGGCCACUGAGGAUUGCUAUUCAGCGUGGCAAUCGAGACGUCAUAAAUACUUGGCUAGACGACUCACGAAUAUCUCGGGGCUCAGCAACUCUUCCCUGGACAGGCUUUUGCAUUGUAUACAUUAAUAUGGCUCGAAUCGGAGAUCUAGAGAUGAUCGAGUAUCUGGAUGAAAGAUCUAGCCGGUACGGGAAUGACACCGAGCCUCUGCAUUUUGAAGCGUUUGUGGAGGCAAUCAAGCAUAGUCAUGUGGCCGUUGUAGAAUGGUUGUGCAACACGGCGGACUUUGAUGUUGACCAAGAGACGAUCGAAUAUCCCAAAGGCUCGCUGUUUACAGCUUUCCAGGACUGUCCUCCAGCCCAUAUGUAUCGAAUGAUCGAGAUGAUCUUGCUGAAUGGGGCUGAUCCAAACCGUACAUAUCCAGCGGUGACGGGGACUCCACUGCAGGCCGCACUCCAGAUGAAUGGGCUGGAUAAGCAGGGGAUCGUUGAUCUCCUUCUAUUACAUGGCGCUGAUCCCAACGCUCGCACGCGAAAAGGUGUACGACGAAUGAGAGCACCCUUGCUUUACGCUGCCAGAAGGGGAGAGGUGGACCUUGUCCGUAAGUUGUUCAAGCACGGGGCCGAUACUCGAGUCAUCUGUCGACGCUUGACCGUCACAAUGAGGCAAGGCGAGGGAAUAUAA